AUGCCACACCAGCAUCUCAAAACACUCGCACUGCUCGCAAUCACACAGUGCUUCCAGCCACCCCCAAAAAACCACCAAAGUGUGGUGCUGCUGCACGCCAAGGGCCGCGGCCGCGCCGCAAAGUACCACGAGCGCCGCGACGCCGAGCAAAAGUACGCGACGCGGCUGCUCGGCCUCCUGACGCACGAGCGCAAGGAGGAGGAGCGCGUGGCGAAGGAGCGGCUCGAGAAGUGGUCCGACAAGCGGCUCGAAGACGCGGGCCUCUCGCUGACGGACGUGCGGUGCGCGCGGCUCCCGCGCGGCCUCUACGGCCGGCCGGUCGUGCGCCUCGAGAAGCCGCGCCGCCGCGGCGAGCGCGCGCCGCCCUUGCUGCCGCGGCACCACCGUUUCGGGUCCGGCGACCUGUGCAUCGUCGCGCCGGGCACGAUGGGCGGCUGCGGCGCCGCCGAGGGUACGAUCCUGAAGACGGGCCCGCGCCACGUCGACGUCGUGCUCUCGUCGGCGCAGCAGGCCGACGCGCUGGCGCGGGAGCCGUCGGCGCGGCUGGACCAGUGCUUCUCGGCGGUCUCGUACGACCGCAUGCGCGCGGCCGUCGAGGCGCUCACGCCGAACGCGCGCGGCCGCGACGCCGACGACGCGUCCGCGGAGCUGCGCAAGGUCCUGACGCGCGACGACGCCGUCCUCGCGGCGGAGCGCGCCGGCGGCCUGACGCGGCGCUGCCCGAACGACGCCGCCGCGCGCCGGGCGCUCCACGACGUCUCGGGCGGCGAGCUCGUCGACGCGCAGGUGCGCGCGGCGGUGGCCGCGCUCACGGCGCGCGUGUCGCUCAUCCAGGGCCCACCGGGCACGGGCAAGACGCGGACCGCGGCGGCCCUGCUGGCCGCGGCCGUCGCGCUGCGGGACCGCGAAAGCAAGUCGCGCCUGCGGCCCGAGAAGCGGCGGCGCGCGCUCGCGUGCGCGGUGUCGAACGUGGCCGCGGACAACCUCCUCGAGGCCCUCCUGCGGCUGAACGUCUCGGCCGUGCGCGUGGGCCACCCGGCGGCGACGCGGGAGGAGCUGCGCAACCACACGCUGGACGCCUGGGCGCUGCGCCUGGGGGGCGACGACUACGCGCGCGCGCGGCCCGACGCGCGCGACGAGCUGCGGCGGCGGGCGCUGCUGGACGCGGACGUCGUCGUCGCGAGCUGCGUCGGCGCGGGGUCCGACGCCCUGGCGCCGUGGCUGGGCCUCGCGCCCCGGCCCGGCCAGUCCGAGGACUUCCUCGACUUUGGGCUGGUGCUCGUCGACGAGGCGGCCCAGGCCACGGAGCCCGCGGCGUUGGUGCCGCUCGCGGCGGCGCCGCGCGCGACGCAGCUCGUCCUCGUGGGCGACCCGUGCCAGCUGCCGCCCACCGUGCUCUCGCGGGACGCGGGCGCGCUCCGCGCGUCGCUCUUCCAGCGGCUCGUGGGGACGGGGCUGCGGCCGCGGCUCCUCACGACGCAGUACCGCAUGCACCCCGAGCUGAACCGCUUCUCUUCCGAGCGCUUCUACGGCGGGGCGGUGCGGACGUGUCUUGCCGUCGAGGCGCGCCGCGUGGCGGCCGAGCUGCCCGCGGGCUUCGCCUGGCCCAACGCGAGCGCGCCCCUCGCGCUCGUCGCGGUCCGCGGCGCGGAGUCGCGGGAGAGCAACGCCGACGCCGCGUCGAUCUCGAACGAGGCCGAGUGCGCCGCGCUAGUCAAGGUCGUCCGCGAGCUGCUCGCGACGGUCGCCGAGCGGGACAUCGGCGUCAUCACGCCCUACGCGGCGCAAGCGCGCCUCAUCCGCGACGCCCUCGCGGGCGACGUCGAGGUCAACACCGUGGACGCGUACCAGGGCCGCGAAAAGGACGUGGUCCUCAUCUCGACCGUGCGGUCGAACGAGAAGGGCAACCUGGGCUUCGUCGCUGACGACCGCCGCCUGAACGUGGCCCUCACGCGGGCGCGGAGGGCGGUCGUGGUGGUGGGGGACCCAGGCACGCUCGCGUCGGAUGACACGUGGCGCGCGUUCGUCGCCCGAUGCGAGGAGGACGGUUGCUGUGUGGAGGGUCCAUCUUCGGAGGUUGCAACGGCGCCCCUCCCGUAAUGUGAUGUUAGGUGUACUUGCAGCGGCCC